AAGUACUAAAUGACAUCGGAAGGCGGAAUUCCUAAUCGUCGACAACUGCCUAAACUUAUGGCAUGCAUGACGAAAAUUAGUUUGGAAAAUAUGAGGAACAAGGCACUUUUCAGUUUAGACGUUCUCGACGCAAAGGGAAUACGAAGGCAAAAAUUACCUUUACACGAGUGUCUAAUUCUAGAAUUAAGAGAAGUAGGCUACAUUGAAUCAUCAAAUUAUUUACAAGACCUCAUUUACGAUAAUAUACAGUUGCUAACUGAAGACGAUAUAGGCAUUGUCGUUGAUCUCAGAAAAAAAGUUGAUUAUCUAGAGCACAUUUGCCAUGGACUUCAAAAGGCUGAAAAACAAAGAGAUAGAGGAAAUACUAAAAAGGAAUGCUUAGAACUUCUCAACCUAGCUAUGUAUUAUGCAGAACAAGGAAAAGGUAUUCUGUGGCUUGCUGAGAAGUUCUAUUUGGCUUCUAUUGCUGUAUCGAGUCAAUAUUUAAUAGAUGGAGGACGACAAAAAGGAUGUUGCAAAUAUCAUUACGCUAAAUUUUUACUUGAUAAAUUUCCAGGAGCAGAUUCAGAGGAAGCAUUUGUAAUAUUAACUGAAGUCAGAGAUAGUGCCAUUGGAAGGGAUUGGCCAUUAUAUGAAGCAGAGACUGGAGAUGAAGAAGUAUCAGCUGAUACUUUAUUUUCAGCCACUGCAUUACAAUUGCACCGAGUACUAUUAAGUAAAGCCAGAGAAGUGAGAAAGGCAGAUCCAGCUAAAGCUGAGAGGUUUUCGCGUUUAGCUGAAAGAAGAGCUAAUGAUGCUAAUCGGACUGACAAAACAGCUGAAGCUAUUAUCGAAAUUGGUAUUUGUCAGUUAAUGAUGAAUAACUUGAAUAAUGCACAGAAGACAUUCGAGAGAGCGUACAAGAUUCAUACGGCAAGCAAUAAUAUAGAUGGGUUGUGUGAAACGAAAAUGCACCUAGCCGCUGUCAUGCAGAGAUUAGGGGAUCAUGAGAUGUCAGCAAAAUUGCUAACAGAAAUGGGCGCUCUAGCGAUGGAACACAAUCUAAGGCGACAGUUGGGAAAAGCAUUGCAUCUUCUUGGAGAACUUCACCUUCGGAGGGAGCGACCAGAACUGGGCACACAGCAUCUAUCUGAAGCAUUCGCUUGUUUCAUGGGCUUUAGUUUUCAAGAAGCAAUCUCUGCAUUGCCGAUACAUACAAAAACCAAGGAAAAUACUGAGGGUGCCUUUAUAUAUCAGUCUCGUAAGAAGGAAAUAUAUGAAGAAGAGGCGGAACAGUCACGACUCAUGAUGGCAAUUUCAGCAGGUCAAGAACUAAUGGCCGCCUAUUUUAACCUCAUAAGAGAAGCAGGAAGCUGUUCAAUAGCACAAACAAAAACAAUAGAAUGGAAACUCUCUAAAGUAGGCUGGUGGGUGAAGAGACGUCACCACGACCUUCUACCAUGCCUGUGUUCUGUUCACCAUAGAACACCAUUGGAUGUGCUUAGGAUUCAAUUGAAGCUAAAAGAAGAAUCAGCAAUAGAUAAAAUGCAUUUAGAAUAUUCAGAGACUAAUGUAAUGCUUGAGAGGAUGAACACUGUAGAAGAUAUUCGCAAACUUCGAAGUAGCUACCAGAAUAUCACGUAGCAUUAAGUCGAAAAGUUGCCUAAUUCAUAGAUAAAAUCGUAUAAUCUAUCACCUUUUAAUUUUUAUAAUUUGAAAAGUGAUAAUAAUAUUAUUUAGUAUUUUAGUGAUAAUGUUGAUUUAACGAUAUCUUUUUAAUUAUUUUACUAUUAUUAGCUUAUUAAUUAUUGUGUAAACAUUCCAGUUUUAUUAAUAAUCAAUAAAACCACAAAAAGAAUUGUAACGAUAAAAUAAAUUAGAAAUAAAAAACAAAUAUAUUUAAGAACGUUUAUUUUAAUCUUAUUACAUAAAAAGUAAUAGUAUCUAUGUACUUUUAACUAACAAAUAACUUUUUUGAGCAAAAUGUCAAGCAAUCCUUUUACCGUCUAACCCAUCUGAAAUAGACUACUAUAUUCCGCCUUUUAUAAUUAUAAGUAACAACACCUAAUUUUAAUCAGUACUGGCAUCACAAAAAUAAAA